CAUUUCACAUCGCUACAGUAGGACGGAGAACGUCAGGAUUCAAUUUCAUCAAAUUUCUCUUACAACUGUAGUGGAGAAUUGCCUACUAUGAACUGAAUCUCUUCCUAAAACCAAAAACAAGUAGAUCCUAGUGAAGUGACGCAUAAGCCAGUAGGUUUCAGUGUCGAGUGGUAAUUUUUUUGCACCUCAAUGUAGCUAGAGGAAAUGGCUGUGGAAAGCAUGACUGUCCAUCCAAACUCCCCAACUACCAACCACGAACACAACAGUCUCCUGACUGACGAAAGGCCAGAAGAUGGAGAGCUGGAGGAGGGCGAGCUGGAAGAUGACGGGGGAGAUGUUGAGGCUGAGGAAAUGGGUGGAGGUGUGUCUGCAGCAGGAGCAGGAGGAGGAGAAGGGGGCGACGACGCCGGCGGAGGAGGCGAAGCGGGAGGAGACGGGGCGGUGGAGAGGCCUCGGCGAAGUCGAGAGCGCCACGCCAGCAGCGAGUCGGACGACGAGAGGUCCCACCGUCGCAAGAGGAAGCGGAAGAAAGAGAGGGAGCGGGAGCGGGAAAAGAGGAGGUCCAAGAAGAAGCGCAAAUCGAAACAUAAACGUCACGCAUCCUCAGAUGAUGACCACUCAGACUUCAGUGAUGACUCUGACUACAGUCCCAGUGAGAAGAGGAAGUACAGAGAAUACAGUCCCCAGUACCCCCCACCUUCUCAUGGGGGCUACGGUGGCUCAAAGAAGGGCUACAUGAAGAUGGACAAACAGAGCUACGGAGGUUACGAUGACUAUGAGGAAGACAACUACGAGGGAGAGGAAGACGAGGAUAUGGUCGACGAAGACUACGACGACUUCACCAAGGAGCUCAACCAGUACCGCAAGGCCAAGGAGGGAGGCGGCCGCGGUGGGAGAGGAGCCAAAGGUCGCAUGAAGGGCCAGCGAGGCCGUGGAGGGAUGAGGGGAGGGAGGAGAGGAAGAGGAGGAGGCCGAGGAAGAGGAGGAGGCCGCGGCGGCGGGGGAGGAAAGAUGGGAGGAGACAACGAUGACGGAGACGGUUACGGAGACGAGAUGGAGUACGUUGAAGACGACUACGACAACAUGGGCGACGAUGACUACGACGACUACUCCAAGGAGCUCAAUCAGUACAAGAAGUCCAAAGACAGAGGCAGAGGAGGUAAAGGAGGCCGCGGGCGAGGCAGAGGCAAAGGAGGACGGGGUAUGCUCAGAGGAGGAAAGGGUCGAAACAGAGGCAGAGGAAGAGGAGACAUGGGGAACGAUGACGACAACAAUGGAGACAUGGACAACGGGGAUGGCAUCGGAGGUGACGGACCAGGGAGGAGGAAUCAGAAUGAAAAGCACCAGGAUAAGAAAGGAAAGGCCAUCUGCAAGUACUACAUCGAAGGGAGAUGCACCUGGGGGGACCACUGCAACUUCAGCCACGACAUCGAGCUGCCAAAGAAGAAGGAGCUGUGCAAGUUCUACAUCACUGGAUUCUGCGCCCGAGCUGACCACUGUCCCUACAUGCAUGGUGAAUUCCCCUGUAAGCUGUUCCACACCACGGGCAAAUGUGUCAACGGCGACGAGUGCAUGUUCUCCCACGAAGACCUGAACGAUGACACUCAGGAGCUGCUCAACAAGAUGUUGGCAGAGGAUGCAGAGGCUGGAGCUGAAGAUGAGAAGGAGGUGGAGGAGCUGAAGAAGCAGGGGAUCAACCCUCUCCCGAAGCCCCCUCCUGGAGUUGGCCUCCUCCCCACUCCUCCUCGGCCUGUUCCUGUAGACGCCAACACGGGGCCUGUGGAUUUCGGCGGGCCUCCACCUGGUGACUUCGGUGGUCUUCCUGGACCUAAUCAGGGGCCAAUGCCUGGCAAAGGCCCGCCAGGACCCGGGCCUAUUCCUGGGCCGAACCCCUGUGCUCUUCCACCUGUCCACGGUCCCGAUGGAGCUCCCUUCCAAGGCGGUCCCCCGAAUCCCAGCGGCCCUCCGCCCCACAUGGGUCCUCCGCCUCCUGGUGGUGGAGGAGGAGUUUGCAUGGGGAAGAAGAUCCCCUCGCUGUUUGAGAUUAAAGUUCAGCCGACAGGACAGCUGGCUCAGAAGCUAGCAGUUAGCCAGCCGCCCAGUGGCAGCCAGGCUCAGACCGCACCACCUGGACCCCAAGGCCCCCCAGGAGCCAUCCCACCCCGCUUCCCCGCCCCUCCAGGCAUGAUGCCCCCCGACAUGCAGAACAUGGGCCCCAACCUCGGCCCCCCUCCACCCAUGAUGGGAGGCUUUGCCCCCGGCGAAGGCCCCCCACACGGAGGUGCUAUGCCUCCAGGUCCCCCUCAGGGAGGAGGAAACUUCUUCAAUAACUUCUACAAUCAGCAGGAGGGAAUGAAGAUGGAGGGAGUGGUGCAAGAAGGUGACAACUACCAGGGAUUUUCCGGCAUGGACGAGAGAGCAGGAGCAGGGAAGUUUGGAAAUCAGUCCGGCGGCCAAGAAGGUUCUGCCAACGGAGCCUCGGCCGGUCAGGGAGGGAUCUCUGUGCCAGACUUUCUGCCUCCGGCGCAGCGUGUCCUGUUCAUGAGGAUCCAACAGAAGCAGCAGGAGGAAGAGGAACGAGCUCGCAGGAUGGCCGAGGGAGGCGCCGAGAAGAGCAAAGACACUGAAGGUGACUCAGGAAACUGGUACUCCAGUGAGGAUGAGGAUGGUGGUGGUAGUGUGACUUCCAUCUUGAAGACGCUCCGUCAGCAGACACAGGCUCCUCAGAAACCCGACGGCCUUCCGAGCGACCCACGUCUCCAAAAGGCCUCCCCAGCCGUCCCUCCGGCCCGUCCGGCAGACCCUCGCUUGGUUCGGGACCCCCGUCUGGCUCGUGCUGCUGAGUCCUCACAAAUCUCCGACCCCUCCCACACUGCUUCUUCCUCCGGACCGCCUGCAGAUCCCAGGCUGGCUAGGCUAGCCGCUGCUGCCUCAGCAGGAUCCGCUUCCCACUCGCCUGCUGCUUCUAAACCAGAGCCUCCUCUGGUCUACAAACCCCCGCCGCUUACAACCCCAGCAGCUGAUGAGGAGGAGACGGAGCGGGUUCUACGGGACAAACCCGUACCGAUUCCUCUGGACCCCCUCAUGGGUAUGGCUCUGAGAGACCCACGCACCCAGCUGCAGCAGUUCAGCCACAUCAAGAAGGACAUUGUUCUCCACAUGCCGGCCUUUUAUAAAACCAUCACCUGGUCACCUGAAGACCUUCUCCCGCUCCCGCUCCCCAAGCAGGACCUCCUUCCGCUCCCACCGGGCAUUCCACCUGUGUCCUCUCUAGAACCACGUCUGUCUCGGGCUCAGCAGCAGCUCCACACGUCACUCCCUCACUCGCAGCCUCCUCCCAUACAGCCUCCUCCCUCCAUGGACCCUCCUGCUCCCUCCUCCUCAGCCUCUUCCCUCCCAGACUUUGAGCUCCUCUCUCGUAUCCUCAAAACUGUUAACUCCGGCUCGUCCCAGACCGCCUCCCCCCCUCACUUAAGCACCCCUGCUGCACCUAUGUCACUGAUUGGUCCACCUCCCCCCAUGCCUCCUGCACCUGUAGACAAGCCCGUUGACCCCCGUGUGGCCCGCAAAGCCCUCGCAGACCCCCGUCUGCAGCCACAGAAGUCAGCACUGAAGCAGCCGUCAGAACCCGCGCCUCCUGCUCUCCCCUCUACAUCUCCGGCGACAACAUCUGGCUCCUCUCCACCUCGUAUUGCCCCUUACGACCCGCGACUGCUCUCCUCAGGUGGGGCAGGGCGCAGUGUGGGGGCCGGGGCACCAGGGGGAGCCAGUGUGCUGAGCGGCAUCAGUCUGUAUGACCCACGGACUAACAAACCAGGCAGCCCCAGUGCCAGCAGUGGCUCGAACAACUCCCCCAACUCGGCCACCAGCACAGAGUCCAAACCCAGUGAACCCACGACCAGUAAACCCAAGUCCAAGGAGCCCCUGUUUGUUCGGAAGUCUGCGUUGGACCAACCGGAACCAGAGAAAAGCGGAGAGCAAGGAACCGAUCGAUACAACAGCUACAACAGGCCCCGACCCAAGCCUGCCCCCUCGCCUAACUCCACAGCCCAGGGGGGUUCGGCCGCAGCCGGGGCGGCCGCGACUGGAGGUCAGGGGGCUCCCGGAGCCGCCGGAGAUCAGGGGCCCGCAGGCGUCCACAACCUGCCGGUGUCCUCUCUGUUCGGCGUGGUGAAGCAGGCCGCCAAACCCGGCGGGACAAGCAGCCCGUUCGGAGGGAACAGCCCGGCGCAGUCUGACCAGGCGGCCGCGGAGCAGGACAACGCCUCACUGAAGGACGUUUUCAAAGGCUUUGACCCGACGGCUUCGCCCUUCUGCCAGUGACACCGACCCUGGAGCGCUGAGGCCCAGGAUGUGCUUUGGGAUGUUUUAAUGUUUUCUUGGACGCUGAACAGAUCGGCGAAAAACAGAAACGAGCAGCACGGCGACUGCCUGAAAGACUGGUUAAGACGAAACCUUUGUGAACAAAACACACGACACACACACACACACACACACUUUACCACAGUGUUGGAGAUGCAGAUUCUAUAACAGACUCUGGGGUAAUGGGAAGGGUUUAAAGUUAAAUCUCUAUUUUAAACAGACUUAUUGAUGUAUAAAUAGAUGUAUUCUCUUCAUCUCAGUGCUUUGGUGAAAACAAUUAUUCAGACCGCAACAAUACACGUUUAUAUGGAAUGAACAUUUUAACUUCACGUCUUUUUUUUUUCUCUUCAGUUCCUCAUUUUUUAAUUUUAUUUUUCUUUCUAAGUCUUUUCACCUUUAAACCGUUUGACGUGCUCGUGUAUACUUUUGGGUAGCUAACAGCUGGGCAGCGCAGCAAACGAAAAGGUGGGGUUUUUAUUUAUCGGACGAUUUCCCGACAGAAUAUAUUGCUCAUCCGUGGUGUUUUCUGUGAUCACAUCAGCACUGAGGCGACUCCACCCGUCAGAAACAGAUAUAUAUCACUGCCUUGGUGUUCUCUGCAUUUCCUUUACAACCUUUUUUUUUUAGCUUUCUCUAACAGAAGCGUACAUUUUGUUCUGGUCCACAUCAUGUUUUCUGCAGGAACAGUUGCAAAUAUCUGAAUAUAAAUCUAUAUUCUGCUUGAUUUUUUUUUUUUUUUUUAGUAUUUAUUUUUCUACUUCUUUGCACUGUCGGCUUGUUGUUCUCUGAGGCUUGUAUUUUUUAAUGUCUGUAGCUCAUCCUGCUGCUCCUAUACAGUUCCAUUUCAGGUAUUUAGCGCUUUUCCAAAACAGGUGACUUCACUGUUUCGGGCAGUGACCCUUUAAGUUCUGCCUCUGUAACCACUACACCACUGUUGUUCCCCUGUUCCCCUCCCCACAUUUACACAAGUUUUGCCUUUGGUAGUUCUUGUUACUACGAGGAGAAAAGACUUUUGAACAUUUUGUUUUAUCGGUUUGCCGAAAGUGGAGAGCGUCCAGCUCGUGAAUGGAAGUUUCUGUAAAGGAUGAGGAGAUAAAGAGCAGACGCAGCUGCUCAGAUGGAUGACGGAAGCGUCGCGUCCUUGUCGGGAGGCGUUUUAGUCAAAACAUCGGCGGCGUUGCAGGGACGUCUGGCGAGAUUGUUCUUGCUGCCCAAAAGUCGAACCUGUUAUUAGCGAUUGUUUUGGUUUUUUUUGUCCAUCUUGAUCAGAAUUGGACGCUUUGAUUGACCGAUUUAAAAGCCAUCGUCUUGCUUUUAGUUGUUUUGUUUUAUUAACUGCUUUGUAAAGAAUGAAAAGAAUCCUAUCGAGCACGACUGCAGAUUCGUGAGAGCAGAGGUUGGAAGGAUUAGGAUCAUUUUGCUGCAUCAAGCUUCAAGCGUUUUGGUGGCACUGUGACAAUCAUAGACUACCCUCGGACCUAAUACUCAGUCAGCGUGUGAACCCAUCUGUGCAGGGGCGUCCCUCUGAGUUAGAACCAUGUCGUUCAAAACACACGCAAAAGUUUUUUUCUGUUUCAGGCUUACAGUAGAAAUGUUCGUCCUUCUGGUGGAAAUGUUCUGUUGCUGUGGAUUUACACGAGCCUCCCUCCCCGUUAGCAGCUGGAGCGAGCGCAGCGUCUGAAUCGGGGGGUCGAGGGGAAGCGGUCGUUCUGUCCGAUGCGGUUUCAUCGCCGCGGUUUGUUCGAGAAUCUGCAAAGGUCGUGGGCCGGGUGGGAAGGGGGGAAGGGGGAUCACAGUCGCGGAAGUUUUUCGGAGGUUUUUCGACUUCCGGAAGGUUAAGAUUGUACAACAGCUCUCAGGAUCGUCGUCGGCCGUCUUGUGUAUAAAUGUUGAUCAUUUUAAUUUAUUUUUUUAUACUUGGGUAAAUAUACUUCCUCACUUGUCAUUUUUGAACCGAGUAAUUUUGUACGUCAGGAAACAUGUGAAUACCACUCACCUCAGUGGGACGAAGGCAGGCUGUAGUCGUGUGAGGACAGAGAGAGGGAGAGAGAGAGGAGGCUUCUUUUGGUUUUGUGUAUGAAGAUUCAGACUAACAAAGAAUUCACUAUUUGCUCCCUGCUGCCGGCCCGUCACGCAGCCCGACAGGGCGCCGGCCGUGGCGAGCGUGAACAGUUUUGUUCUUUCCUUUACUGGCUUUGUUGUUUUGUAAAUUUGUUUUAAGUUUUUUUUUUUUUUUCUCACUAUGUAAAUUUGACCUUCCUGUCUUUGGAGGAGUGGAGUUUUCUAACUGUACACUGUAGGUGAGGCUGUAAGUAUUUAAAUAAAGUUGACACAUGAUCAACCAGUUAA